CCUUCCCCCGGCGCCGCCCGGCCGAGCCCAGACCGGCACCAUGGCCCCGGCCCGGCUGCUGCUGCUGGGGCUCCUCCUGGGGGUGCUGCCCCCCCCCGCCGCCCCCAGCCCCGCCCCCCCCGCCCAGGCGUGGCUGCAGCAAUAUGGGUACCUGCCCCCCGGGGACCUGCGGACCCACACCCAGCGCUCGCCCCAGUCCCUCUCGGCCGCCCUGGCCGCCAUGCAGCGCUUCUACGGGCUCACCGUCACCGGCACCGCCGACGCCGAGACCCUCAGGGCCAUGCGUCGCCCCCGCUGCGGCGUCCCUGACAAGUUCGGGGCGGAGAUCAAGGCCAACGUGCGGCGCCGGCGCUACGCCAUCCAGGGCAUGAAGUGGGAGCACCAGGAGAUCACCUUCUGCAUCCAGAACUACACGCCCAAGGUGGGGGAGGCGGGGACGUUCGGCGCCAUCCGACGGGCCUUCGGCGUGUGGGCGUCGGCCACCCCGCUGCGGUUCCGGGAGGUGCCCUACGGCGACGUGCGGCAGGGCCGGGCGCCCCAGGCCGACAUCAUGAUCUUCUUCGCCGAGGGUUUCCACGGCGACAACCCCUUCGACGGCGAAGGUGGCUUCCUGGCCCACGCCUACUUCCCCGGGCCCCACAUCGGCGGGGACACCCACUUCGACGGGGCCGAGCCCUGGACGGCCCGCAACGACGACCUCAGCGGGAACGACCUCUUCCUGGUGGCCGUGCACGAGCUGGGCCACGCCCUGGGGCUGGAGCACUCGAGCGACCCGUCGGCCAUCAUGGCCCCCUUCUACCAAUGGAUGGACACCGAAGCCUUCGCUCCUGACGAUGACCGCCGCGGCAUCCAGCAGCUCUAUGGGACGGGGACGGGUCCCAGCUGGCCGCCGGCCGGCCCCCGACCACCGCGCGGCCCCGCAGCCCCGACCGGCCCCCCGGGCCCCCCCUACGGCCCCCGGAUCUGCGACGGGAACUUCGACACCAUCGCCAUGCUCCGCGGGGAGAUGUUCGUCUUCAAGGAGCGGUGGUUUUGGCGCGUGCACCGGCGGGUGAUGGACGGGUACCCGCUGCUCGGGCACUUCUGGGUGGGGCUGCCCCCCAGCAUCGGCACCGCCUACGAGAGGAAGGACGGCAAGUUCGUCUUCUUCAAAGGCGACCGGCACUGGGUGUUCGACGAGGCGGUGCUGGAGCCGGGGUACCCGCGGGCGCUGCGGGACCUGGGCCGGGGGGUCCCCACCGACCGCCUCGACGCCGCCCUGCUCUGGCUGCCCAGCGGCAAGACCUACUUCUUCCGGGGGAACAAGUGGGUGCCGCCGCGGGGCCUCCUGGGGCCUUCGGGGGCCUCCUGGGAUCUUCUGGGGCCUCCUGGGGCCUCCUGGGGCCUCCUGGGAUCUUCUGGGAUCUUCUGGGGCCUUCUGGGACCUUCUGGGAUCUUCUGGGAUCUUCUGGGGCCUUCUGGGACCUUCUGAGACCUUCGGGGACCU